AGAAAAAGUAGCGGUGGCUGUAACGUUACUUGCUAGCAAGCCACAAUUGCAAAUGUGAAACAAUUAUAGUCAAAGAUCAAUACACAAUAAGAAGAGUCAUGGACGUGUGCAGCCAUGUCAAAGUGGUUGUUCGUGUGCGGCCAACUAACGACAAUGAGAAGUGCGAGAACUUCAGGAAUGUAGUCCAAGUUGUGGACAACCACAUGCUAAUAUUUGACCCCAAGGAACAGCAAAUGACAUCUUUCGGGGGACCAAUAGUUCGAAACAGAGAUGUCAACAAGAGAGCUAAUAAGGACCUGAAAUUUGUCUUUGAUCAUGUUUUUGGGGAGGAUUCUUCUCAGGUGGAUAUCUUUGAGAACACCACUAAAAGGAUACUUGAUGGAGUGUUGAAUGGCUUUAACUGUACAGUCUUUGCUUAUGGCGCAACAGGAGCAGGCAAGACACACACCAUGUUGGGCUCAAGCAAUGACCCGGGUGUGAUGUAUCGCACCAUGACGGAGCUCUUCAACCGUAUGGAUCAAGUCAAGGAAGAGAAAAUAUUUGAUGUAGCAUUUUCUUAUCUUGAGGUCUAUAAUGAGCAGAUCCGGGACCUCUUGGCUAAUGUGGGACCUCUUGCAGUGAGGGAGGACCCCUCGAAAGGAGUGGUAAUCCAAGGCCUUACUCUGCACCAGCCUAAGUCUGCUGAGCACAUCCUUGAAGCUUUGGAUUAUGGCAAUCGGAAUAGAACGCAGCACCCCACUGACAUGAAUGCGACCUCGUCACGGUCCCAUGCUGUAUUUCAGAUUUACUUGAAGCAACAGGACAGGACGGCCAGCCUUAAUCCAAAUGUCCGUGUGGCCAAAAUGAGCCUGAUUGACCUCGCUGGCUCAGAGCGAGCAAGUGCCACUAACGCAAAGGGAGCACGUCAACGGGAAGGCGCUAACAUCAACCGUUCACUCCUUGCCCUGGGAAAUGUCAUCAACGCUCUGGCUGACCCUAAGAGUAAGAAAGCCCACAUACCAUACAGGGACAGCAAGCUAACACGACUCCUUAAAGAUUCUCUUGGUGGGAACUGCAGGACGGUCAUGAUCGCCAACAUUAGCCCCACCUCCAAAUCUUAUGACGACACCCACAACACACUGAAAUACGCCAACAGGGCCAAAGAGAUCAAAUCAUCGCUCAAGAGGAAUGUUGUCAGCUUGGACAGUCACAUCGGCCAGUAUGCAGUGAUAUGUGAGAGGCAGCGAGAAGAGAUCGUUCAAUUGAAGAAGAAGUUGAAAGAAUAUGAGGAGAGGAAGAUGGGCCCUCUUGUUCCUGGAGGCUCUAAUACCAUCUCCAGUCAGAACCAAACAGAGAUUCACAAGGUGUCAGAGUCCCUACAGAGCAUUUUCUCCAGCCGUACUCAGAUCAGGAGGGAGCACCUUGUUCUGGAGCGUCAGCUCAAGGAGAACGAGUUACGUCAGCACCACAGCGAGGAGUGCAACCAGCAGGCCCAGCUCUUCGGUGCCAAAGACAAGACUGAGAAGGCCACCUGCAAGCACGAGCGCAAGCUGGCUUCCCUGCUCACACAGCAGCAGCACAUCCGCAAGAGGCUGGAGGAGGCUGAGUUGCGCUUCCUUGAGAACAAUGGCUGGCUGCACCGUGUGGAGAAUGACAUGAAGCUACUGGGACAGGACUCCCAGCCACCAGUGGUACUCCAGAAGGACCUUCGCUGCCACAGGCUCCAGCUACAGGUAGAGGACCUCAAGCAGCACAUUGAGCAAAUGACCCACCUCAUCGGCAUCCAGGACCAGGAGAACAAACAGACUAAAAAAAUGGUGCACAUGCUGCUGCCUGCCUACAGCAGACAGUACUGGACGCUGAGGGGGUUGGGCCUGGUCACAGCUACCGACGAGGCUGAGAACCAGGACCUGGAGCACCUGGUCCUCAGGGAGAGGGGUGUGGUGUGGGCCGAUCAGGAGAAGGCAGGGGAGCAGAAGGACGAGGAGACCCAGGCUGAGGGUUCCAGGCUUAGGCCAGAGCUCGCACCCAUCCUGUCAUUUUCACACCUCAUCUGUCCCCAUCAAAACAGUCCCUGCAGUAGUGCUGAGAAACAUAAGAGGAGAGUCUCGCUGCGCCUUCAACCCAAUCCAUCAUCGAAAGGCCCAGUGGCCCAGGUGACAGUGAUGGAACCAAUUCCCAAGAAACCUACCAGGAGGAAGCUGGCAGUGUCUCCACCAAACCCUGGGAGUGUCGUCUCCGCCUCAGCGCAGGUUCCCAUGGUCCUUCAGGAUGUGUUGAGACAGGAGGGGAUGUUUCCACUGCUCUACACUCCAGAGGCCAGCAGUACACUCAACAGGCCUUCACUCCUGCCUCUCCAGCACUCUGCAGUCAAUGACCCCAACAUGACAUUUGACAUUGAAAAUGGAGACAAUGAAGCAGCUCUUGCCAACGCUACCGUCAUCCUUUACCAAUGUAGCCCCAAUCAUCAGGCUGAGACUUCGUGCCCCUUGAGUCCAAGCCAACAGCAGGCUCCCCGAGCCAAUGACAUGAGCAAACCCCCCAAAAGACUGGAGAUACCAUCUCUGUUAGACAUCCGACGUGGCAAGACCUACAUGGCCAUGACUUCGGCUGCGCAGGGCAAACGCAAAAUAAACUGCAGCAGCAGAGAGCAGGAAAUCCUUUCAGCACCCAAGCGCAUAAAGCAGGACCCCGCAGUAGUAGCAAGCAGACCACUAAGAGUGCGUCGUUUUGCUGGGUCAGAGGAGAACGAGCCCAGAAGAGUUAUGAGGAGUGUUUCUGAGGGGAAUCUUCACCUCAUGGAUGUUCAGAGGAAAAAGUCCAUAUUCUAUAAAACCUCCCAGAAAUUCAAGAGUGUGACAAAGAGGAUGUGAGACCUGCUUUUGGCCAGAUGUUGCUGAUGUCGUGUAGAUAUUGGGGAAUCGUGUGUAGCUAUGGAGAGAGAAAUUAAGUCCUAUGGAUUUCUUGAAUAGUUUUUGCUUGAAUUGUGUAUGAUUCUGAACUUGUUCUUAGGUUUAUUUUUGGUUGUAGAAUUAAUGUUUUUACAUUAUUUCCUACAUUAACAUUUGUUGUACCAAUAAUUUGCUAUUGUUAUUUAGUAAUAAAAUGUUUAACUACUAAUGUAUGUGGUUGGUUUUUACCAUGAAUAAUUCAACUCGUUCAAUCUUUUUUUUCUCGAAUGGUUCAUUUCUGAGCUUUUCCCUGUUUACUGUACAUAUAUUUCCUUUCAAUAUAAAAUUGAACGGAAGGUGUAGAUUGAGUUAUCAGACAUGCUGUUUUACUGUC